AUGAAUGUAUGCGUUUAUAGGACGUAAAAGUCUGGAUUGCCGUGAAUGUGAAAAAAAACGUAUUUCCUUGAUAGGGGGAAAAUUUAGCAAUCUGUUCAUAAAUUUCUUUUACAUAUGGUUCUAUAUUGAAACAUUAAAGUUUAGCGUGUGGAAAUAAACAAAUAUGGACGAAGAGUGGGAUGCUGAUCAUUAUGAGGCGAAUAGAAUUGACCUCGCUAUUAGAUCGAACAAAUGGGAAGGUGAGGAUGAAGAGGAAGAAGUAAAGGAUAGUUGGGAGGAUGUCGAGGAAGAAAAGAAAGAUGUAGAGAAAGCACCUGAACUUCCAAAGGCUAAAAGUAAACCUAAGAAAACUUUAGCUGACAAAAUUGAAGAACGCGAGAAAAAAGCCCGUGAAGAAAUUGAAAAGAAAGUUAAGGAAAAGGAAGAGACCUUAACUCCCGAGGAGAAAAGGGCUGAAAUGUUGAGGCGGCAAAGGUUACAGGAAGAAGCAGACUUACGAUUGGCAAUGGAGACUUUCGGCGUCACGGAUUCUUCAAAGAGUCUGGAUACGGUGAAUCCUGAUACAAAAGAAGAAUUCGAUCAAUUUGGCGAGGCGCUUAUGCUCAAAAUCAAUCAAUUCAACAAACACACAGAAUUUCCGGCUUUCGCAGAAGAAUUAAUAAAAAAUAUUGCUGUUUUAAUGUCGAGCACAUCGUUGCGAAAGGUGAAAACAUUAAUUGACAAUCUGGCACUGGAGAAGGCGAAAUUAGAAAAAGGCGACAAAUCGAAGAAAAAUAAGGGCAAGGGAAAGGCAAAAUUGAGAAUUGAAGGCGAAAAUACAAUUAUGAAUGAAUAUGAUGAUUACAGCUUUGACAAUGAAUAUGGUGACUUUAUGUAGCGACUUAAAUUCUCUCCAUCAUCAUUAUCAUCAUCAUCUAGUCGCCAAGGAAAAGGAAUCUUUUAUGAAAAUUAUUCGUUCUCACGCCACGUUUAACACUUAUUCUCAAAGAAUUUGUAUGUGCUUUUUUUAAGAGAGAGACAAAAAAAACUAGAAUUUGCCUAAUUGAGAAAUGUUAAACAAUUGAUUUUCUUUUAAACGGCGAUUAAGAAUUUUUUACAUAAAUAUAAAGGUCUAUGAAUUUUCUUUUAAUUGAAAUAUUAACGAAUUUAACACUUUAAAAAACAAAUUUUUCUGAAUGUUCUUUUAAAAUUUAAUUUCAAGCGAGAUUAGAUUCUACUUUACAUCACAGUGCUUUAAAACUUAAUUUUACAAAUGCAGAAGCCAUAAGAAUUUUUUUCUGCUCGUAUGAUGAUCGAUUUGUUUCUCAUUGUCAGGUCUUCAACGAUAACAAUUGUUGUUUAAUGAAAAUUAUAAAGAAAAAAAAAACAAAAAAAUUAUGUAUCCAAUUUAACAUUUUACCUACUACAUAUGUAUAUAAAUGCUCGCGUACACACACAAACACACAAGUAUGACAGGUGUGGAUGUAAGUUGGUUUUAAAGAGUAUAUUCCUAAAUAAAGGUUGAUUGUAAAGAUAA